AAUCUAUCCAUGCAUUACCCCGCCAUUGAAUAAGCAGCACAGAAAAAACAUUCAUCCAGAGUCAGAGUCUGCAGUCGACCCCACUGUUCCUUGGCUUCCUAACCCCAAGUCAAAUGUAGUGAAGAAAUGCCCACGUGUCACAGAUGUCAGACUCCCCACCUCGUCUGUGCCGGCUACCAGCAGAGCCGGCACAGUCAUGCCUGUCGUUUUCACGGGAGAAGCGGAUACAGACGCACCCUCCUCUGCCCCGCUUGUAACCUCGUCUUCAGCUUCCCAGUUGGUUUUAUCCCAGUACGUGCCAGAUGUGGUGCGAUCGCCUGAAGACCCACAUCAACGCACUGCUUUCCUAGCAGUCUACCACCAAUACGUGACUAGCACCGUCCACCGGUUCUUCGCAGGCAGUGGCCUUGCAUUUUGGCGCGACACAGUCGCACAGAUGGCGUGGUCAGACGAUCUGGUCUGCCAUGCGAUUCUGUGUCUCGGGGCCCUGCACCGGGCCGCGCUACUCCCGGCGGGCCAUGCGCAGAAGGGCUAUAUGAGAGCGCAGGGUGUGGGUGCCUACACCAGUGUCUUGGGCCUUGCGCAGGGCAGCAUUGGGAUCCGGCAGGUCGGGGUUAGUUCGGUUGCGGUUAUGAUCGUCUUUGCGUUGGGGGAGGUAGUAUACCUAACUCUGCCAUCCCCAUCCACGAAGUGUUUGUCUGACUAUAUGGAUAAGGAUGGAGAUCCCUGAAAAGCCUGUCCGGUGCUGGACGCCACCUCCAUGCCGCACGGAGACUGUUGUGCGAGCUUGUCGGGUCGGCAAACCCUACGGAGGAUCUUAGAUGUAUCGAGGACCCGCUCACGCGUCCGCAACUCUCAAUCCAGGAUCUUACAUCUGGUACGGGUAGUAAGGCUGGUUCGGGUGCAGGGAGCAAACAGCCGUAGCCCCCUUUCCUCACUAUCCAAGCCUCUCAUACAUCAACGAUGAAGAUCUCCUCUCCUCAGACCACAGCCAUCUCCUCCAGGUUGUAGCCUCUUACCGGGACGUC